AUGGCCGAGUACGUCAACAAACAGGUGAUUGAAUUGAACAAAGUUACUGAAGAAAACCGGAAUAGAUUAACGAGGAGCGUGAAGACUGAGACCCAUCUCUCAGAUGGAAGACUUAGACUCUACAGGCUGGCUGCUGUGUGUUUCGGAGUGCUGUGUGUUCUACAAGUCACUCUCAACAUCUCCCUGAGACUGGCUUUCUGUGAGAGGAGGCACCUGAAGGACAGGGCUCAAAAUACUUGUCAGAAAAUCUGCAAUUCUUGUCAGGAGGGUUGGAGGCUGUUGGGAUCCAGCUGUUACUUCCUGUCAACUCAGAGGAAAACCUGGCAGGAGAGCAGACAGGACUGUCUGAACAGAGGAGCAGACCUGGUGAUCAUAAACAGCGAGGAGGAACGAAAGUUUCUCUGUGGCCUCAACAAGAUUGUCUGGAUUGGUCUGACUGACUCCGUUACUGGGAGGACAUGGAAAUGGAUGCAUGGCACACCACUGACCACGGCAAGCUAUUGGAGGAGUGGCGGCCCUUAUGGUGGUGGAGUGGAGAACUGUGCGGUGGUACGUUACUGGUCAUCAGGAUACAGAGAAUGGUCGGACUAUCAGUGUUCAAAUCCACAGUUCUGGAUCUGUGAAAAAGGCCUCUCGUCAGUACGGUUAGUUAAGAUGGCCAAGUACGUCAACAAACAGGUGAUUGAAUUGAAUGAAGUUAAUGAAGAAAACCGGAAUAGAUUAACGAGGAGCGUGAAGACUGAGACCCAUCUCUCAGAUAGAAGACUAAGACUCUACAGGCUGGCUGCUGGGUGUUUUGGAGUGCUGUGUGUUCUACAAGUCACUCUCAACAUCUCCCUGAGACUGGCUUUCUUCCACUCCAACAGAGAGAGAGAGCAGUUAAACGGCUGUUACAACACUGGCCUGGCGCAGGUUGGAGACCAGCCAGAUACCAGUAGUAUCAUGGAUCUGUGUACAGAAAGAGACCAGUGCCGGAUGAACAGAAACCAGCUGGAGAGGGAGAGAGACAACGAGAAAAUGGACAAAAAACAGUUACUGGAGCGUAACACUGCCCUGGCAACAGAACGGGACAGGUUGAGAAAGUGUAUCAGUCUUCUGACCAAUGAGAAGGUGGUGCCCUCUAUCUGUGGUACUGAAAGAGUGGUGGAAGGGAGUGGCAUGGCAGUCCAAAUGAUGAGGACUGUGUUAAAGUGUCCUACAGGAUGGAAGAUGUUGGGAUCCAGGUGUUACUUCCUGUCUACUGAGAGGAAAACCUGGCAGGAGAGCAGACUGGACUGUCUGAACAGAGAAGCAGACCUGGUGAUCAUAAACAGCAGACAGGAACAGAAGUUGUUGUACCAGCUGCAUGGUGAUGCAGAUCUCCUGGUCUGGAUUGGUCUGACUGAUUCUGUUAAUGAGGGGACCUGGAUAUGGGUGGACAGCACACCACUGACCACAUCGUACUGGAAGCGUGGUAAGCCGGACCAUGGUGGUACCAACAACAAGGAUUGUGUCGAGGUUAACCAUCGGGACAGCGUUUUGGCCAACUGGAACGAUGCACCCUGCAACCACAUGCUGCGCUGGAUCUGUGAGAAAUUACAGAAAUAGCUACAUAUAGGUCAAAUCCACAUCGUGUUUAAAUGUGUUUAUUUUAUUGUUGCACAUUAACAUUUUCCCUAAGAUUGUGUAACUAACUGAGCACAUGCAUUUGCAUGGUAUUAUCUUUCUGUCUUUCAGCUGUAAUUCAAUUUUGGCAAUAUAUUAUUGGCAGCCUUUUGGAUCAGUCACAAUACUGUAUUGUUUUCAGCUUUGUCCUUUUCCCCCUAAACAGUUUAUCCAUAUUACUUCUAUGAAAUGGUAUUGUACCAUCUACUCCGCUGUGAGAUAUAUUUUCAUGUGUUUCAAUCUGGUGUCCAAAACCGAAAGUAAAAGACCAUAAGACAGA